CAAUCAACGACUUCUAUUUAAACGAAAAAUUAGCACUUUUCAUCCGUCACUUGGAAUUUUCUUCUUAUAUCCCUCAACAGAUUUAGCUGAACAGCAAAUUUUUUAACACACAGCAACAUGAAAUCUAAGAAAAGUGAUGAUGCCUCUGGAAGUGGUUCCUCGGACGAAGAUGCCGAGUAUGUUGUAGAAAAAAUUUGUUCGAGACGUGUACGAAAGGGAAAAGUUGAAUAUUUCUUAAAGUGGAAAGGUUAUCCCGAAUCGGAUAACACAUGGGAGCCUGAAGAAAACCUAGAUUGCCAGGAUCUAAUACAACAAUUCGAAGAGAAUAGACUAAAGGAUGAGGCUUCAAGCAGUGCGAAACCUGAAAAACCUGCUAAGAAAAAAGAAGAAACAAGUGGAAGAACCAGUUCGGCGAGUAAUAAGCGUAAAAACGAAGAUUCUAAGGCUUCAGGCAGCAAAAAGAAGCGCUCAGAAACUGGAAAGGAUGAAACUGACACUGAAUCCGUAUCCGGAGGUUCAACAAAACAUUCAGAACUUACUGGAUUCGACAAAGGACUUGAAGCCGAAAAAAUAUUAGGAGCCUCAGAUUCAAAUGGUGGUCUUUAUUUCCUCAUUCAAUUCAAGGGUGUCGAUCAAGCUGAAAUGGUGGCUGCACCAGUAGCACAUGUUAAAAUCCCCCAAAUGGUCAUUAAAUUUUACGAAGAACGCCUUUCCUGGUAUUCAGAUAAUGAGGAAUGAACACGUUAUGUUUAUCCUGUAAAGUAUAUCUACCUAUAGGUUCUAUUGUCUAAGUUUUGUUCACUUCCAUAAUCGUAUCCAUAUGCUAAAUUGAUGAAACAAUUGCCACUUCCUCGAAAAGCACAACUCGAUAUUAAACAAAAAACGAGUACAUAUUCGGCAAUUUUUAUUUUUUAUUCUCAACACAAAUACAAAUUAGGGUAUUAUGUUUUGUUUUUCUUUAUCAAUUAAUUUUCUGUACAAAAACAAAAAAAAUGAAAAGAAUUACUGCUACAUUUUUGGGAAACUUUCUUUUUUUUAACUAUUAUAAAAAAAUAUCAAUUUACUUACCCUUGAUUUUAUAGUCUAAAUGAAUAUUCAAUUAAUUUUCUUUUAUGUAAAGUCUUGUGUUUGGACCAAAUUUCCUAAUAUUUACAUAAUAAAAACAGUUUACUAAAAACAUUCAA